AUGCCAGCUGCUGCCUCGUCAGCGUCUUCGGCGGCCGCGUCCUCUGCCAGGCCGUCCCCUCGCGCUCCAUCGACAAGAAUCAAAGGAGGUGGGGGACACGGGGGAGGAGGUGGUGCCCCUAGUAAUCUUCCAGGCCCUGGUGGAUAUCAAUCCGCUCCUUUGAGCUCUCGGAAGGCACAACCUUUGGAUAUGUUGACUGUAGAGAGGAGGAGUUCAUCAUCAAAGGAGAACCCCAAGAGGAUAAGGCCCCAUGGACUUCAGGAAGCUCCAACCUACAGACCUACAGCGGAGCAGUUCAAGGACCCUUUCGAGUACAUAAAAAGUAUUGCAGAGGAAGGGAAGAAGUACGGAAUUAUAAAGAUCAUUCCUCCGGACACCUGGAAUCCGGAAUUCGCGGUUGAUACCGAGCGGUUCCACUUUCGAACAAGACGGCAGGAGCUCAACUCCGUUGAAGGAGGCACUAGGGCAAAUUUAAAUUAUUUAGACCAGUUGUCCAAAUACCACAAGCAACAUGGUACGAAUUUGAACCGAUUCCCGUCGGUCGAUAAACGCCCAUUAGAUCUCUAUCGGUUGAAGAAGGCCGUAGAAAUUAGGGGCGGAUUCACUAAUGUUUGCAAGCACAAGAAAUGGGCCGAGAUUGGUAGAGAUCUGGGGUAUUCGGGAAAGAUUAUGUCUAGUUUAUCUACCUCACUCAAGAACUCAUAUCAGCGCUACCUACAUCCAUACGAAGAAUGGGUCAAGUCUGCGAAGCCUGGUGUGCAGCAACAGAUUGAAGCAGAGCAGGGAGGUCCCAUAACACCUUCUGGAUCCCCUUUGAAAAAGCUGCCUGCAGAUAAACCGGCGAUGUCUCCGCUGAGUAGUCUACCCGAUUCGCCAGCAAUAAGAGCCUCCGCCGCGCUCAACGCCUCAGUAGUGGGGACUCCGGAAAGAUCUGAUACAGACAUGGCUGAUGCAACUCCAAUUCGCGGAUCUACGCCUGCAGUGAAUGGUGGCUUUACAGCUGUAAACACGGGGAGUGGAUUCACACCAGUCAAUUCUGGAGCUGGUGGAUUUGCCAUAGUGAACGUGUCCAAUGGUAUGAAGAGAGAACUGGAUGCCAAUAUGACCCCGAAUACUGGUAAUUCACGGAGAAGUGAGAAUGGAGCUACGCCCAGUAAGAGGAGUACUCCUGAGCUGAAGGCUGGUACAAUCCUCAAGCGGGGUCACAGCCAAGAGAAUGGCUCAGGAGCUGAUAUUAAAGAGCAGUCCAAAGAGGCCACUGCUGAUGAGUCGGAAAAUGGUGAACGAAGAAGCAAGAGACUUAAGAAGGAACCUGCACCUAUGGUUGCUGGGUCGCACAUGACUUUGCACAGGCCUUCUUCGACACCGAGGACUUUGGGCGGGGACCGAAACAAUAGUAAACCGGGAGAGAAAUGUGAAAAAUGUGGUCGUGGUGAUGAUAUGGCCAAUUUAUUACUCUGUGAGAGCUGCGACCACGGUUACCACACAUUUUGUCUCGAGCCAGUGCUCAAGAGUGUACCCGACCGGGAUUGGUAUUGUGAUAGAUGCCUUGUUGGAACCGGCGACUAUGGGUUUGCCGAUGGUGAAAUUUACUCUCUGAGGCAAUUUCAGGAAAAAGCCAACAAUUUUAAAGAUUUGUAUUUUCAAUCGAAAAUGCCCUUUGACCCAGUCUUGAAUAAAGCACGACAGGUCACUGAGGAUGAUGUUGAGAGGGAAUUUUGGAAAUUGGUGGAGAGCGUUCACGAGACUGUGGAGGUGGAGUAUGGUGCUGAUAUCCAUUCAACCACUCAUGGAAGCGGCUUUCCGACCAUCGAGAAACAGCCGACAUACCCUUACGCAACGGACCCUUGGAAUCUCAACAACCUGCCCCUGCAUCCUGAAUCUUUGUUUCGCCACAUUAAAUCUGAUGUUUCUGGGAUGACCGUGCCGUGGCUCUACGUCGGCAUGUGUUUUUCGACGUUCUGCUGGCAUAACGAGGACCAUUACACCUACUCCGCCAAUUAUCAGCAUUUUGGUGCUACGAAAACGUGGUAUGGUAUUCCUGGGAGCGAUGCAAUGAAAUUUGAGGAUGCUAUGAGGGAAGCCGUACCGGAAUUGUUUGAGCAACAGCCCGAUCUGUUAUUCCAGUUAGUAACCUUACUAACCCCGCAGCACCUUAUGAAGGCCGGGGUCAAAGUUUAUGCAUUGGAUCAGAGGGCGGGGCAAUUUGUGGUUACAUUCCCGCAGGCCUAUCAUGCAGGGUUCAAUCAUGGCUUCAAUUUUAAUGAAGCGGUUAAUUUUGCUCCCUCGGAUUGGGAGCCGUUUGGGCAGGCUGGGGUCGAAAGAUAUCUGGAGUUCCGGAAGGCUCCUGUUUUCUCGCACGAUGAACUACUUCUCACUGCCGCGGCCAGAGAUACUACCAUCAAGACUUCACAAUGGCUUGCUCCCGCACUUGCGCGUGUGCGAGACAGGGAACUUCAGGCACGUCGUGGAUUGCUUGAGCACUUGCCUGAUAUCAAACAAGCGACACUCCCCGAAGAUGAGGAGCUGAGCGAAGACCAAUAUCAGUGUGGGGUUUGUAAGGUUUACUGCUAUCUCUCGCAGAUCACUUGCCCCUGUACUCCUAAUGUUACGUGUCCAUCACAUUUCCGUGACAUCUGCGACUGUGAGGAUACAAGGCUUACUCUACGACUUCGGAUGACGGAUGAGAGUCUCGAGGAAUUGGUUCAGAGGGUACACGACAAGGCAAAUAUGCCGAAGUCAUGGGCAGUCAAGCUCGAAAAAUCCAUUGCGGAAAGUCCACGGCCGGCGCUUAAAGUACUAAAGUCCCUUCUAUCUGAGGGUGAACGGAUUCCAUGUUACAUUCCUGAGCUGGCACCGCUUAAGGCUUUUGUGGAACGUGCCCAGGAGUGGGUCGAUGAAGCGACACCUUUCAUAUCUCGCAAGCAACAAAACCGGAGAAAGAAUGAAAAGGCAUGGAGGAGGAUGGGCUCAAAGGUCGCUGAGAUGGAGGAAAAGGAGCGAGAACACAGGAAGCUUGAUAGUAUCCUUAAACUCCUGGAGAGAGCUGAGGAUAUCGGAUUCGAAUGCACUGAGAUUGAGCAAUUACGCGAACGUGCCGACCUUAUCCGGGCUUUUCAGCUACGUGCGAGGAAAGCCCUGGCGACCCCCGGAACCUUAUCUACGCCAAUGUAUGAGGAAUUGGUGGAAACUGGAAAGAGCUUCAAUGUGGACCUUGCUGAGACCGAUUUGCUGGAGAAGAUUGUGCGACAGUUAAAGUGGGCUGACUCUGCUAGAGAUGCUAGGGCAAGGUUUUUGUCCCUCACCGAGGUGGCGGAACUGAUCAAGUCAGGUCAGGAAUUAGGGAUCCCCGAUACCAACGAGCAAAUGAUGCACUUCCGAAGCCAAAAAGAGGCUGGCGAUAUGUGGGAAAAAAAAGCGAAGGAGUUGAUGAGCGUUGAGAUUGUACAUUUCCAGCAGUUGGAGGCACUUUCUGGCCAGGCAUCUACGUUACCUGUUUCUCGCGAGACGCUCGCACAGGUCGACCAAAUUCUGAACAAGCAACGGGAGGCUCAUCGCCAGAUUGUGGCAUUGUAUGAAAAGAGCAAGGAAGCGGAUUUUUACAAGAGGCCGAAGUAUAAAGAGGUUCGGGAUGUGCUGGAUGGACUAACAGAGCUACACAGCAAACCGACAGGGACAAUUGACCUGGAAAAAGAGCAGAAGCGUCACGAGGAUUGGAUGAGGCGGGGGAAGAAACUGUUUGGGAAGGCUAAUGCGCCCUUGCAUAUUCUUGCGCAGCAUAUGGCGUAUGUGGAAGGUCGUAAUAAGCAUUGUUUUUGCUUGGAGGAUAGACCGCGAACCCCGGUCGAGCCAUCCAGCAGGGAGCCGAGUCCGGAUUCCAAGAGUAAUGGACCGUUUGGUGAAGGGCCGAGGGAGGUUUUCUGCAUAUGCAGACAGCCAGAGGCUGGGAUGAUGAUCGAAUGUGAGGUUUGUCAUGAAUGGUACCACGGCAAGUGCCUCAAGAUCGCCAGGGGCAAGGUCAAGGAAGAUGAGAAGUAUACUUGUCCGAUCUGCGAUUACCGAGUCAAGAUACCACGUGACGCGGCCCGACCAAAGCUUGAGGAGCUUAUUGAUUGGCAAGCAGAGAUUGAAAACCUUCCCUUCAUUCCUGAUGAGUUGGAUUGUCUUCACCGGAUCAUCGAUGCGGCGACCAAAUUUCGGGAGUGGGUUCGUCCGUUUACAACUGCGAUUGGUCUUACGGGUGCGGAGGUGCCGACUAUGAGGUUCUAUCUCCGAAAGAUUGAAGGUGCCGAAAUCCUUCUCUCACAAGAAACCAACUUCUUCCGAACGGAGCUGCACAGAUGGAUGCCCAUCGCCCCUGACCCGCCUCCAGUUGUUGAAGUCUCCAUGUCAACCCGCAAGCCCCGCCCAACGAAGCAGCAAAAGCUGAUGGCGCAGAUGGGCAUCACGAACCCGGAUGAUCUUCCCCCUCAACUCCGAACAAAGGCACACUCCUUUUCCAAGAAGAAGCCCGUAGAAGCCAAUGGCAAACCCCCGCCACCAAUCAAGCCCGCCCCAUCAAAAGGCUCAAUGACCUCCUCCCCAGUAACCCCAACCAGCCAAACUCACCCCCUUCUCGGUCAAUCUUCCUCAUCCUCCUCUCAACCCCCUCCGUCCCAACCGCAAUUCGACUAUCCCCGCUUCGGUAGUGCUGGCCCAUCGGCACAGUCGCCAACUUUCACUCUUGCUCAUUCCUCAAACUCUAGCUCUGGAAACGGCGCCUCGUCAUCUUCCUCCCAACACCAACGCUUGGGAUCCCCAGUUCUCUUGAACAACCCCGGCCGCGGCCCAACCCUCGAUCCAGCGCUCUUCAACCCGCAGGCCUUCCCCGGUGAUCAUAGUGGACACGGCCACAGGGGGGUUGGAGGUGGACCCGGAAGUCCGCAGUAUAGCAGCGCCAAGGCAAUGUUUGACGCGCUGACUGAAGACCCGGAUCUUUACUCGAAAGAGGAGACCAGUGGUGGGGUUAGUUAUGAGGCGCUGGCGGCAGAGGCGCUGAAUACGGCUGGAGAGGCAUUGGAUGAAAAGUUGGCCGAUCAAUUCUUGGCGCCUUAGUCAGCGCACAUUGGUCCUCCUUCAUCCGGUAUUAUCAGUUUCGAGGAUGGAUGGAUAUUGUCCAGUUUCUGUUUGUUUGUUUUUCUUGUCCGCUUGCUUAUUGUAGGUUGGAUUGUGGUUUUUUCCGUUCAUUUUUUUUUUUUUUUUCCAACUCCUUCACUUUCUUGUACUUUAGGGUUUUUCAUCUCAACACCUUCGAUGACUUUUCUUUUUUUCUUUUUUCGGCAAUUAUCAUAUCAUACUUCAAAUGGUUAAUGGUGUUUAGUUUUUUCUUCACUUUUUCAUUUCUUUUCAUCAAAUUUUUAUAUUUUUUCUCUUCUCAUUAGUAUCAGUGGGUUGCUUGCUUGAUUGAAAAUUUCUUUUUUAUAGUUUACGUUCUGUUCUUACUGUUGGUAUAGGUGAUGGUGGUAUGGAACCGUAGUAUAGCCCAAAUAAAGUAUAGCCUGUUCGGAUA